AUGAUUCGCGGCGUUUGCGUCCUCCUCGCCCUCCAUGGCGGUGCAGCCGAACCCAACGGUGACGCGGUGCCGACUUGCGCCAAGAAGGGCGUGACCUACGUGAGCGAUGUCAAGGGCACCCCCAAUUCCGCGUGGCUCUACACCCCGAAGAUGUGCCAGAUGGCCUGCUACAUCAACCCAACCUGCAAGCAUUUCUCGUGGAAGGAGGACUCUUUCCCCGGCGGUGCCUGCAACCUCUUGGGAGAGGAUGUGCAGGAGAAGGUCGAUGAGAAGUCGUACAGCGGCCCAAAGGCCUGUGCGGGUGAGGUCCCGGUGAACGCGGCGUCGAUCACCGAUGCUGUGGGCAGUGCCAGCGCCGGGCUGGAGAAGUUUGGCAAGGAUCUUUUCGUGAAGGCAAACGAGGCCGGGAGCCAGCUCACCGACCACAUCACUGACAAGCUGAAUCAGGCCGGACAGGACAUGGACAAGUUUGGAAAGGACUUGACCCAGAAGAUGAAUCAAGCCAGCAGUGACCUGAACCAGAAGGCAAACGAGUUCCACAACCAGGUCAGCCAAGUCGGACAGGAUCUCACCCAGCAGGCAAAUCAGGCCGCCAACGAUCUGACCCAGAUGGCCAAUCAGGCCCACAGGGACCUGACCCAGAAGACACAGGAGUUGAACAGCGGCGCAACCGAGCUGCAGCAGAAGCUCGACCAGUUUGGAAAGGAUUUGACCCAGCAGGCCAAUCAAGCCAGCGCUGGCCUGAGCAGUGAUCUGAGCCAGAAGGCCAAGGAGUUCCAGGGUCAGGUCAACCAGUUGCAGCAGGAUGUGGGCCAGCAGGUAAAUAAGCUUGCUGACGAUAUGGCCCAGCAGACCAAUCAGGUCAACAGUGACCUGAGCCAGAAGGCACAGGAGCUUAACAGCCAGGCCAACCAGCUCGGGCAAGAUCUGGCCCAGAAGGUCGAUCAGGUUGGGGAUGCUCUGACCCAGAAGGCCAAUCAGGCCGGCAGCGACCUGAGCCAGAAGGCCGACGAGCUCAACGGCCAGGUCAAUCAGCAGGCCAGCCAGGUCGGCAGCUCCCUGGAAAAGCUCGGGCAGGAUCUGACCAAUCAGGCCAAUCAGGUUGGGGAUGCUCUGACCCAGAAGAUCAAUCAAGCCAACAGUGACCUGAGCCAGAAGGCCAAUGAGAUCCAGGGCCAGGUCAACCAAGUCGGCCAGGAUCUCACCCAGCAGGCAAAUCAGGCGGCCAACGAACUGGCCCAGAAGGCCAAUCAGGUCAACAGCGACCUGGCCCAGAAGACAAAGGAGUUCAACAGCGGCGCCACCGAUUUGCAACAGCAACUCAAUGAAGCCAGCGCUGGCCUGAGCAGUGAUCUGAGCCAGAAGGCAAAGGAGUUGCAAGGCCAAGUCGGCCAGUUGCAGCAAAAAGUGGACACGGGUGCAAAUCAGAUUCUGAACGAUGUGGCCAAGCAGACCAAUGAGGUCAACGGUGCCCUGAGCCAGAAGGCAAAGGAGUUCAGCAGCCAGGCCGACCAGCUCAAACAGGAUCUGACCCAACAGGCUGAUCAGGUUGGGGAUACCCUGACCCAGAAGGCUAAUCAGGUCAGCAGCGACCUGAGCCAGCAGGUCAACGAGGCAUCCGAAAGCCUGGGAGCGGCGCCAGCGGCCCUGGGCGCCUCGCUGGGCGCCUCGCUGGGCGCCUCGGUGGACCAGGCCGGCAGCGACCUGACACAGACGGCCAACGAUGCGAUGCAGACGGCCAACGAUGCGAUGGAGUCCGCGGGGUUGCAGGCCAAGGAGGCCGCCGACCAGAUGGGCGAGAAGGCCAACGAGAUCCUCGGCUCCGCUCCGGGCAGCUCGGGCGGCGGCGGUGGCGACAACACCAUGACCUACGGCGUGAUCGGGGGCAUCGCCGGUGCCCUUGCGUUGGCGGGCGGCGCCUACUACUUCAUGUCCGGAGAUGAGAAGAAGAAGAAGAAGAAGUCCAAGCGCGCCGUCGCUGUGGACGCAGCGCCCAUGAUCGAGGAGGCGCCGGAGGUCCCUCAGGUCACCGCGCCACAGGCCUUCCCGCAGCAGUUCCAGAACCAGGUCCAGAACGUGAUGGCCUACGCCAACCAGCAGAUGCAGCAGGCUGCGCCACGGUACUAUCACCAGGUGCCGCAACAGGCCCAAGCCUACCAGACCGCCACCUACCAGCCCACGACCUACCAGGGCGGCUACCAGGUCCCGAGGAUGUGA